AUGAUGGCAGAUUUUCUUAAAGUCCCGCAGCAAAAGCGGAAGGAUCAGAAGCAGCUCGUUUUGAUAAAGUAUCCCGCAAUAGUGAAGAGCACCGAAAAUGCGUUGAAAACGAUGGGCGGCAUCCAGCAGAUCAGCUCCGCCCACUUCAACAAUCACGCUCUGGAACUGAAUCACACUCCCGACAACCCGUUCACUUCUCGUAUAAUGGCAGAACGGAAAACGCAAGAAAAUGUCACUUCCGGCACGCUCCAUUUGGUUAUGAAGAUCAAACGGAAAAAGAGCGAUCCGAGUGUAGUAAAGACUGAGUUCCUCGGAAUGGUAAGUGCGCUCUGUUGACAAUGGAUUGCAAUUGCCGAGUUUCAGGUGAGCACCGUCUACUCGUUCGAUGUGAUGUGCGACUUCCAGUACCUUCCACUGAAGAAACGCAUCGGAACAGACAGUUUCGAGGACCUCAUACCCGCCUUGAUUCCUACCGACAUCUCCUCCGCUCUCUGCUGGUGGACUCAAUCGCAGGCCCAGUCGACACCGCUCUUCCUGCCGCCCUACCAAUUCAGCAGAUAUUUAACUCCGUCGACGAAGAUCUUGGGACGGGAAACCGAUCAUACGGAAAAGACGAGAAAGGCGGCUCGAAGUGGAUACGGACAGAGUAAGAGAAGAAGAAGAAGAAGAAAAGAGAGACGAGUAACUUUCCAGAUUUGCGAGUAGAAAGGAAGGCGCUUUCAGUGACUGUGCUCGCCACCGAUGAGUUUCCUCUGGCUCCCACACAAGAAGCCGUGGACGACGCCCUCUUCCGAUGCAAACACGACGAGCCUCACCGGUUGCUCCGGGAACUCUUCGAGGAAAGGCCAAUGUGGACGAGAAUAGGCGUGGUCUACCGUACUCGUCUCGAUGAUAAUCUUCUCCGAUGCAUCCUCCAGAAGUACGCAUUCUACAUUCAAAGUGGGCCGUGGGGCCGUCUCUGGUGCAAAUUCGGGUACGAUCCGAGGAAGGACAAGGAGGGCGGAUUGUACCAAACUCUGAUGGUUUCUUUCCGACAACACGGCAGUAUUCCGGAACGGCAACGUCUCAAAGUGUCCUCCGAUCGGUCACAGACCUUCCUUCCGACCGGCGACGGAGUCGUUGAGCCAGUGAAUUACAUGUACGAACAGGGAAAGCUGCCACGUGUCAGGCAGAUGUGGUACUGUGUGACGGACGUCCGAUUGCCGCAGGCCGUGGAAGAAUUGAUAGGAAUUGUGGAAGCUGAACAACCGCCGAGCCCGGAAGAAGUACGAGAUCGCGGAUGGCUGCCGCCGAGCGUACUCGAUCGUAUUCGCGAUCUUAUUAAGGAAGAUGUGGCGAAAACUUCGAUUGAAAUCGAAGAAAUGAUAAACGACAGUGCAGUGGACGAGGACUUCUGA